GGCGACGGCUGGGCGCGUCUGAGCCUCGAGCCGGGGUGUGAGGCACAGCGUCCGCCUCCAGAGAUGAUGCGCCAGUGUCCGGCGGCCUUACCUCCCAGAGCGGCGAUGUGUAACCCGUCCCAGAGGGUGCCCUACCUGGCCGGCACGACCGUGCCCAACAGCGACUUGGCGAGCCUUUUCGAGUGUCCAGUGUGCUUCGACUAUGUGCUGCCCCCCAUUCUUCAGUGUCACAGCGGCCAUCUCGUGUGCAGCACCUGCCGCCCGAAGCUCAGCUGCUGCCCGACGUGCCGCGGGCCGCUGGCGUCCAUUCGCAACCUGGCCAUGGAGAAGGUGGCCAACUCCGUCCUGUUCCCGUGCAAGUACGCGGCCACCGGCUGCUGGCUAGCCUUGCGUCACACCGAGAAGGCCGAGCACGAAGAGAUGUGCGAGUUCCGCCCGUACGUGUGCCCGUGCCCCGGUGCGCUCUGUAAAUGGCAAGGCUCGCUGGAGGCCGUGAUGCCGCACCUGAUGCACCAGCACGAGUCCAUCACCACGCUGCAGGGCGAAGACAUCGUGUUCCUGGCGACCGACAUUAACCUCCCCGGCGCCGUGGACUGGGUGAUGACGCAGUCCUGCUUCGGCGUCCACUUCAUGCUCGUCCUGGAGAAACAGGAGAAGUUCCACGGGCACCAGUUCUUCGCCAUCGUCCAGCUGAUAGGAACGCACAAGCAGGCCGAGAACUUCGCCUACCGUCUGGAGCUGAACGGCCACCGGCGCCGGCUGACCUGGGAGGCGACCCCGCGCUCCAUUCACGAGGGAAUCGCCACCGCCAUCAGGAACAGCGACUGCCUCGUCUUCGACACCCGCAUGGCGCAGCUCUUUGCAGAAAACGGCAACCUGGGCAUCAACGUAACGAUCUCCAUGUGUUAAAACGGCAGGCCCGCGGCUUUCCGACCGCGGCCGAAAACCCUCAUGCUCAAGUUCCCGGAGAACAAGGCACCCAUGUUAGCCCGUCAACCUGAACUUUUGAGAGGUCUAGACACACGAGGUAAAUAAAAGGAAAGGCUGUU